GACAUGGCAAUCGAAUACUCAGCCAUGACUAUACCACCAACGACAUACUUAAGCCAAAUGCCAACCCCACUGUGUAUACAAAGUAACAUACAAACCGUAUCAUCAAAUAUCAAACACCACUGGACUCCCCAACCAUGUCCCCCAAACCCAUCGCCCUCAUCCUCGGCGCAGGUCCCAACGCCGGCACCGCAAUCGCCUCCUCCCUCUCUUCCCUCGGCUACUGCAUCGCCACCGCCUCCCGCAGCAGCAGCAGCACCACCACCACCACCUCUCCCUCUUCAGAAACCCUCUCUCUAACCGCCGACUUCACCAACCCCUCCAGCAUCCCCCCACUCUUCACCCGCAUCCACACCGACCUCCACGCCUACCCCAGUGUCGUCGUCUACAACGCCGCCACCUUGACGCCCCCCGCCGACGCCGGUGUCGUAACCUCAGUCCCUGUAGAUAGGUUUGUCGCGGACCUGAAUGUUAAUGCUGUGAGUCCGUAUGUGGCGGCGCAAGAGGCGGUGAAGGGGUGGAAAGAAAUGGGCAAGGAGGAAGGGGGCGAUAAGACGUUCAUCUUUACAGGGAAUAUGUUGAAUCGGACAAUUUUGCCCGUGGAUGCAUUGGUGACGUUGGGUGUGGGCAAGAGUGCGAGUGCGUAUUGGGUUGGGCUUGCGGAUGAGAUACACAAGGGGGAGGGGUAUCGGUGAGUUUUAUUUGAUUCUUUUUUCUUCUUCUUCUUCUUCUUCUUCUUCUUCUUCUUCUUCUUCUUCUUCUUCUCCUCACUUAUGCGGUGGUUUGGGAAAAGCAUAGGGCUGAUGAGAU